AUGGCUUUAUUUGGGUCAGCAAUAUUGGAUAUGAUCUUGUUUUGCAUCUUCAUGAAUUCUUUGUUACCAGCAUUUAGUGAAGAAUAUCUUGAUGGCACGAAAAGUUUAAAGCGACAUUCAGGAAAUGGUUUGGCUUUUGCUAACUUUGCUGUUCACAAAUUUCGCCACUUAAACAUCACCCCCUUGGUCACUGCUUCCGUGAAAAAUAUUAAAGACUGCGGUAGACUUUGUGUCGAUCAUUCAUCGUGUUUUUCCGUCAAUUUUGCGGCGUUCUUUCACGAGGAAGGGCUACUUUUAUGUGAGCUUCUACCAAGCGAUAAAUACAACAACUCAGACAAGUUUCUUGACAGCGUUGUGUUCCAUCAUUUAAGCAUAAAGGUGAGCUUAAAACGUACAAAAAUAUAAAAACAAAAGACAAAAAACAAUAACUCAUUACAAAGUUACGUAAAUUUUAUUCAUUACAGAUUCCGUAUCAAUUUAAUAUCCGCUGUCAGGUUCAGUAUCUUUUUUCAUUAUUUUGAAAAGUUGACAAAAAAAAUGCGUUUUAUAUAUAGAUUAUCCUUUCAAUAUAACUCGAAAUGAUUGUAUAGCAUAAGCUUGGAAUACUUUCACGGGUUUAUAACCAAACAAUUCAACGACCUGCUCCCAGUUGCCUUAUUAGCUCAAUUGAUAAGAGCGCUGCACCCGUAUCACAGAGGUCAAGAGUUCGAAUCCCAAUACAAGCCUGAACUUUUUUCAGGCUUUCUUUUCGCAACUGCAAAAAGUUGCGUCUAUAAAUGCGAUGAUCCUCUUUCAUAUAAUUGAUUUUCUUAUUAUUAUAAAUAACUUUGGAGCUAGUUAUUAUUCAAUGUAUUUUGGAUUACGCAAUCCAGCAAAUUCAAAUUACUCUUACUUAAUAGUCAGUGAAAUGGUCACGCUCUCCGUAAAGGAAUCUGAUUCAAGCAGAUUUAAGGGUAAAUAUGCCUGGAAAAAUCUUUUUGCUGUGUGUUACACAUUUAGUUUGGUUUGAUAUUCAGAGCUAAGAUAUCCAUGUUCUGGUAAAUCAAAAGGAGGGGCCAAUUUCCUUUUGAAGUUAAAACUUUUGCCCCUUUUUGUUGAAGCUAAUUAGGUGGUGUCCCAGUUAGAAAUUUUUCUCAUUAUCAAAACAUGACUGCUUCCAACUGACAAAGUCAAUCUACUGCUUAGUUUCCGGUUAAAUAAUUCUAUUCAUGCCCGUGAGAUGUUAUUAAUAUUUCAAAACUGCUUUUACAAUCGCGAGUAUAUGUUUUCUUCAUUUUGGGAAAGCACAUCUGUUAGGUCAAAUUUAGUUCUCAGGUGCCGGUUGUUCAGAGGGUAAAUAACACUAUCCACAAGAGAUAAAUAACUAUCCAACCGGAAAGUAUUAGGAAAACCAAUCAUGCUAUCCAGUGGUUUUUUCGAUGGAUAGCGCUGGCCCUUGGUCUUAACAUUCAAGGGGCAGAAUAAAUCCUUUUGUUUUCUCUAUAUAAAUUGUUAUCCGUUGCAAAAAACUGUAAGAAAAGAUGGCGGCCGAGCCAUUGAUAACAGAUCUCAUCCCGAAUUAGACAAUUUGAAGACAUGAGAACCUGCCAAAAGGCCUUUUCUUUAAUUUUUGCCCAAGCGAUUCUUUUUUUCUUUUUAACCACGGUUAUGGUGAUCCAGCAAAUUUCUAUCUUUCAAAAGAUGUGUGGUGGGAAACUCUCGAGGAAAAAAGUAAGGACAUUCAAAAAGUAAGAAAAGACUUAUUGGUAUUUAUUUAUAAUUUACUGUAAAACAGACUCCUUGUUCCAGUGACCCUUGCAUGAACAGUGGGACUUGUGUUGCAAAGUACGAAGAUGAUGAAUAUCACUGCGCAUGUGCUGAGGGAUUCCUCGGAAAAUAUUGUGAAGAAAAAGGUAUUUUAACUUCUGUUUCUAAAUGUUGCUUGUUAGUCUGGCCUCAGACUUUCUUGUAAGCACCGAAAAUCACAAUAGCGAAGGAAAGGAGAGGAAAAUAGAUAAAGGAAGGAGGAGAAGAGAAAAGGCAAUAGGCCAUUACCUUAAAAAUUCCCGUGAAGGUACUCAACAACGUUGUCACUUGUUUCCCAUCCGUUAAACUGACAUUUUCCUCUCAGUGGCUCUCACAAGACAUUUCACUUUUCUUACAUGAAAUUUCUCUGUCUCUUGAAAUUUCUGUUCAUGAGUCUAGGUCUCUUCAAUUUUUUAAGGGAAAAAAAUUCAGGAUGGCACGAGUAGGAUAUCGGCUCUGCAGUGCAUCACUUUGACCCCUAUACCACCGAGGAUUUGCUGACAAUUGAUGGUUUGAUUUGAAUAUAUAUACCAACAACCCUAACCCUAACCCUUACUUUGUCUACGAAUCAUUAAUCUGUCAACGUCAGUUUGGCGGAUGGAAAUAAGUGUUGACCGUUACGGCGAGGCUCUUCCCCGAGUUCCAGCCCCUUACCCUUUAUAUACCAUCUUUGACAGAAAAGGUGCUCCUUUCGUAUACCGUUCACUGACAAAUGGUACCCCUUUCACAUACCUAGUUCUUUUUUUUUUACCUUUUUCAACUGCUAUAAAUGCGCUGUUUUUAAAAUGUGAAUAAAUCACAAAACCAGAAAGUUUUCUCUACCUUUUUACAGUCAUAAAAUACAUCUGUUAAUCCUUCUGAGCAUUUUCACAGACAGAUUUGACAGAUUUCCCUUCCCUUUCAUAUACUCCCGGACUAGUGAAAUCCCCAACCCUUUAAUACCUGAAGUCUGAAAAAGGUACCGAGUACUCCUCCGUCAAAAUGACUAUGACUGACAUAUCAUCAUANGGGGGGGGGGGGGGGGGGGGGGGGGGGGGGGGGGGGGGAAACCCUGUGAUGGAAUUGUAUCCAGUUGGGGAGUUGAAUUUCGGUUACGUGUGGACCAGCGGGCCAGACUGCCUCUCUACCUUUAUAUCUUACCCACAAAUACUCUGCAAGUGUGAAAUUGUGCAUUCAGGCUGUAAGGUUGUGAAAGUCCCUACACUGACCACAAUUAAAAGUAAAGCGAGGGCGGGAUGAAGGAGGAGUAAGAUAGAUAUUCAAGUCAUUGGAGUAUGAAACCUUGUAGGGACCUUGAGAUACAACGGCGGCGAGUCAGCGACGGCAACGAGAACAUCAAAACAGCAAUAGGGUUAAUUAGCAAAACAACCACGUUGCACGUGUAGCACACUUUUUGUGUACAUUUCUCUAUCCUGCCGUCACCUGCACGACCUAAGACGUGAAAGUUUCAUGGAGGAUGGAAACAAGCAACAACAAAAUUUUCUUUCUCUUACUCUCUCUUGACUCCAGAAGGGUUCGCCUGCAUUUGACAAAGAAAGUCUGAAUUGGAAUAACAACGAUGACGAAUUCACCUUUAAGUUAUCGCCGUUCUGGGAACUUGAGGUCCCUAAAACCCUAUAUCAAAACACUCUCGAGGAGGUAAAUUUUUGAAACCUUUUCUCAUUCUGAUUUUCCAUAUAAACUUGAAGUCACGUGAAAAUGUUUAAAAUUCAGUCAGGUUUGACUGCCAGGAUUUGAAGAAGCAGGGUAAUUUUUUCGAAGACGGUAUGUAUUGGUUAGACCCUGAUAGAGGAAGCCAUUCAAACGCGUUCCUGGCGUACUGUGACAUGACGUCAUACAGUGGAGGAUGGACCAUGUGUUACACAACUGAUGAAUUCACCAAACCCAAGACUGAAGUCACCUACAAUCCUGAGCUUCCUUAUGGAACGGAUGGUUACAGAACGAACUGCAACCAAAUUAAAGUAAGUGGAUUUAGUGAAUCUAUAAAGAAUCCAUUCUCAAGUUGGUGAAAUAAGAAGGUUUUUUAUUGUUAGAGUAAUGACACAUUGGGCGUUACAUUGUUGAUGCUGCACCUCUAAACAAUAUUUUAACUUUACAUAUCAGUUAAACAAACUGGGAAAGAACUCUUCACUCUCUACUCACCUAAUUAUACAUCAAGUUUUUGAACAAAUUGUAUUCUUAUCUUCGCAGUUUUUAUACUUACUUAUUCAAUUAAUUGCCCUGGGCGCUUAUGAAUUUUUGGACCUUGAGAGUGGGCGCUUACUCGAGGUGGGCGGUUAUUUGAGGCUGGGCGCUUAUUAAAUUUUCACCAUUUUCAGCAAGUGUAGUAUGCAUUUUAUUGCAUAUUAUUGGGGUAGGGGUGGGCACUUAUUGAGUUUGAGUUGGAAGGGGAAGGCUGUGAAGUGAGGCUGGGCCCUUAUUUAGCAAUUAAUGCAUGAGGCUGAGUAUCUUAUGAAGAAUUAAGCAGAUCGAGGAGGGUGUUAUCCACCGAGGCUGAAGGCCGAGAUGGAUAACUCCCUCCGAGAUCUGCUUAAUUUUUCAUAUGCUACGAGAGCCGCAUUCGUUAAUUGCUUUAUUAUUCAUUUAAAAUAAUUCCUAGAUUAAAAGCACAGCUAAAACAUGCUUACCUGCAUCGAUGUUAAGUUUAUCUUCGAUAGUGUACGUUUAGGUUUGUCCAGCUCCGCAAAUAUUCUCCAAAUAGCUGAUGUCGCCCUCCGAAUUGUCUUCUUGCUGUUUUUGCUAUGUUUUUAGCCAUUAUUUCGCCUAGUUCCAGCUGUAGUUCUUACUCUUGAAGCGAGUGAAGUGUCCGCCAUUUUAGUUUUCACAAAGAAAACAACUCAACCUCAACUCCCCAGGUCUUCUCGGUUAACGGUGCAUUAACCCGUAGAGGCUUCAUUUUUGACGUCAUUUCCUCGUUAAACACAACUGGUAACUGGUUAUGGUGAAUUAUGCGAGUGCUUCUAGCCAAUCAGAAUUAGGGACAUAUUUUGAAGGAAUAAUAAUAAGUUUUUCUGCCUUUAGGAUGGGGGCUUAUUCGAGGUGGGCGCUAAUUCGAGGUUGGGCGCUUAUUCGAAUAAAUACGGUACUUUGUUUUACGUUAUUAGAGUAUUCUAUUGAUUGUAUUGUAUUGUUGUUUAGUCCAUCUAAUUCUUGGUUUGCAAACACGUAACAAGGAGGCUAUGUUGGGGGUCAAUACAAUUGAAUUUUUUCUCGAAAAAUUUACAUGAAAAUAGAGCUUAGUUCCCAGAGGAGAAAAAUGCUUUUGUUCUUGACCACCAACGUGGGCGCCGUGAUCUCACAUGUAAACCGGCAAUAGAUGAACCUUGUAUUGUAAAGAUGUCCUUCCUCCCCCCUCCGCAAUUAGUUUAUAAGCUAUUCGUGGGUGGGAAAAUAAUGUUGUUAGUUAUAUGUUGAACCUCAAUAAAAUUUGUUGUUGUUGUUUGUUGUUAUGGUGGUGCAACUGUCAAAACAAUCUGUAUUCGCGGCCGAUUUCCCGAAAUCAUUGUGCUAAAGAGACCGUGCUGCACCUGUCAGGAGCCCAUAACUGAUGUAUUACUAAAUACUCCUACACUUAGGCUCAUGCGCGGUACCGUUUUUUUUAACACAAUUAAUUCAAAUGACCGGAAAUCAGCCAGGAGUAAAGUUUGUUAUUCAUUGUUAUGACAGUUGUUCCAUAACCUGCAUAAGUAGCCUGUUCCAAGCGUUCAGAUCGUGGGAACGGGGCAGACGGCGCAAAGAGAUGUUUCGGCAGAAAAAAAACUGCGAGGUGGUGUAGAGGCAGCCUUCUCUCCUCGUUCCUCCCCGCUAAGGACUUUUCGCCAGGACUGAGACAGCUGUUUUAUGUGGCUAGAUAUCAUUUAGGUAAAGUUAAACUCGAGCGAGUUGGCCAGCGGUCUUCUCCCACUUCUGUAUGUGACCUACGGGGCGGCCCGCGGGGAAUUGCAGGGCUCCUUGUGUGCCCUUUUUCUAGUGUUGCUUUGCAUUGUAGCUUGCUGAUCGUAGCGGAUCAAUUUUUGCCUUCUUGCGAAUCAUUGCGGAUUCUUGCUCCCUCUCCUCCCUCUCUGCCUGGUGGUUUGGUAAAUCAUCAGUUUUCUCAGGUAAGUAUCUCCACUGAAUUUAUUCAGUGUGACGGUGCCGGUUAGUGGCCGCUCUUGGGGUGGCUCCCGCUUCCAGGGUUGCCAUGGAUACCUCCUCUCUGCUUAUUGCAUUUGGCCUCCCACUAACCUUCAAGGCACCUGCUCCUAAGCUCAUUAUUAGCGAUGAGUUUAACGCAGGCUUGAGUUGCACCACUGCUCGCGCUCGUAAAGAGUUCUUUCUCAGUUUGUUUAAUUGAUAUUUAAUCAUACAAAGUAUUCCAUUUUGUGGUGAACCUUCAAAAAUUUAGAUUGUUAUCUUGAAGUUAGAGUAUCCCUAUCUCCCGGGAGGGAUACUCCUGGAAAUUCUUGGCUUGGUGUGCCGCCCGGUUCUUAAAAUCCUGACCCUAUUUCAGACCAAAAAAUGUCAUUUUCAGUCCUGGCGUCUAAAAUCCAUACCCGUUUUCAGACCUGGAGGUGGUCACAAAACGCAACACAACAUUUUUAGAUAAAACAGAAAUUAUGUCGUCAUUGCUGAGAUUAAAACAGCAACAAAAACAUUUCUUAAAAUCCAUUUCGAAUUCGUAUAUUACACUUUCUUUCUUAUUCAUGUGGAAUUGAAACGACGAACACAUUGAUAAACAACCGUAGUUCCUUCGUAAAGUUAUUUGAGUUAGUUCAUUGAAAUAUUUUUGUUUUCUAACUUGCAUACUAGAGAGAGAUCUUUACGUUUCAAUUGAAACUGCAUGCGUUUUGCCUUUCUGCCGGACAAAAUCGAACUAAGCGCGUCGAUUGAGUUAGAUUGGUUCGAUGCAGUUCGGUAAUCCGGAGAACUCACCGAAAAGUUUCAGUUCGAUUAUGUUCGAUCACCGAACCAAUCGAACAAAGAUCCGACUGAUUGAGCUCGAUUGUUCGAUUAUCGACGUCGGGUAUAUUCCCAUAUAUGGUUUUUAUAUUCGGGGCAUAUACAGAACACAGGACAGAAGCUAAGGUUCUGCCUUUGUAUGUGUAGAUAGUCGGAUUAAUUCAAGCUAUUUUGCUGUCAUGAGAAUAGUUCCUUUGAGAAAAUCCAGUGCCCAAAAGAGAACCAAAACAACCAUUUUUGAAUAGACUUAACAUUCCUUAUCACUCAUUCAAAAUAUUUUCCCGAUUCUGAUUGGCUAAAAGCACACGCAUAAUUCACCAUAACCAGCUACUGAUGACCAAAUUUGGAAGAAUUUUGCGAUUAAUCAACCGAUGACGUCAAAAGUGCAGCUUUCUUGCGGGUUAAUGCACCGUUAACCGAGAAGACCUGGGGACGAGGUUGAGUUGUUUUGGUUAUGAAAACAAAAAUGUCGGACAUUUCAUUCGUUUCAAGAGUAAGAACUAGGCUAAAUAACUGCCAAAAACAUGGCAAGAAGAGCAAGAAGACAACUCGAACGGCGACAUCUGCUAUUUGGAGAAUAUUUGCGGGGCUGUACAACCCUAAACGUGCACUAUGAGUCUCUCGAAGAUGAACGUAACAUCGAUGGAGGUGCGCAUGUUUUAGCUAUGUUUUUAAACAAGGAAUUGUUUUGAAUGAAUAAUAAAACAAUUAUUGAAUUGGCCGUUUGUAUCAUAUGAAGAAUUAUGGAGAUCUCGAAAUACACCCACCUCGAUCUCCAUAAUGCUUCAUAAGAUACUCAGCCUCAUUCAUUAAUUGUUAAUUAAUUAUUUCUGUUUUUUCCCAAGUUUAGUGAAAUUAUCUUUAUUGAUCACCAAACUGGGAAUAAGUCCUACUUCACAAACGCAGGCGUUACAAAGAUAAAGGCCGAUGGUAACUAUGGCAACAGAGCUGAUACCUAUGGAUUAUGGCACGGCUUCGGAUCAAUGAAUGAUGAUUACGAGUAUCAACUGUUGAUUUGUGAUAAUGAAUUUUACUCUGGCUUCCUCGUGUCUGGUUACCGCAAAAUAGUAGUAUCUGAACGAGGUUGUUACAAGGAAUGCAGUGAUUGGUGUGGUGAUUUCACGUCGCCGUACUUUCGCACAGCCGCUAAUGGUUCAGAUGGUAAUGGCGUCGCGUUCAACACCAACGGACACCGGUCAUUAGCCAAUCGACUGAUCAGUGUUGGGCUGCGAUAA